UACAGAGAGACCUCAAACCUUCCAGGCCACCGCCCUUCCAUGGAUCGCCUGCUAUGCCUCCAAAAGGCAGCUUUGGGGGUCCCACCAAACUGCCCCCUCCGAAGAAGCCCCUUCCGAGCACCCCCAUCAGGCCCCCUCCGGUCAAUCCUCAGGCCAGACCACCCUACAAACCCCUACCCAAGACCCUUCUGGCGAAGGACGUGGCCUCCUCACCGAGUCCACCCUUGCUGGUGAUGGUCCCGCCGACCAGCUCCAAGCCAGCGGGGAUCGGGGCCUCCAACCACCUCUCCAAACCGCUCAAGCCAGUUGCACCUCAAAGACCUCUCCCAGGCUUAAAAGUUCAACCCGCUUUGUUCGCCUUCAAGAAGUGAUCAGGCUUUGGUCAUCCUCGGGCAACGCUGCCUUCUUCGUUUGCACUACUGCGGGUCCAACGCAGGGAUUUUUGUUACGAGAGACAUUUUCAACUUUUUGAGGGUGGGUGGGUGGAUGGAUUUUUUUUUUUUUUGGAAAAAUGGAAACAGGUCCACCCAAAAAGUGAAGAAACAAGAGAGGAGAGCUGUGGUGAGCGGUCCUUUUGUGGGGCUCUCAAGAGUAGGUUGAACCUUGAGACACGUGGCUUCAAAUGAUCCCCAGAAGCUCCGUGAACGUGAAGAUAUCGUGACCUACCUCCGUAUUUUGCACAACUUCAUGAGAUGUUUCUCUCCUGGACCUCCUAGUUCCGAACUGGGUGGACCUGGUCUUAAGUUGGUGUCAGUGAUUUACAGGUGGACACCCCAGUUUUCCAGACGUACGAUGGAGCAAACCGUGAGAUGAAACCAGAUUCUCCAUCUGGACAUUCUUCUAGGACAUUGAGAUGAGUUCUUAACCUCUGAUUUGGAACAUGAGUCAAAUUUAGAUGAUCUGGAAGAAACCAGUUUGGGAGAGAUGAUAUAGAAGUCCAAGGGGGUUGAUGAGCUUUGCUUGAGUCCUUCUUGACACCUGUUUCUUCCGUCUGGAGAAGAAGGCCGUCUCAGAACAUCUCCCAUGAUUCCAGAAAACUGGAAGGGCCUUGGGAAAUGUCCUGAUUUCUUGGAAGGGUGUUGCUGGCCAGAACAGGUGUUCCUUGGGCAGCUUCUUGGUUCCUUGAAGUUGGGAGAUCCAAGAUCUUCAUUGGGUGCAGAAAAAUCUUGCCUUCUUCAACUCUCUUUCCUCCAGUUAUGAUGGAUAGCCAUUUCUAUCCCACACAUCAGUUGGGACAAAGUUUAGGAUGUCUCUCUACAGAGCACGAACGCAAAAAUCCACAACAGUCAAUCCUACUGUAAUCCAUGAGGCUGGCGAUGAAUUAAAAAUAGGAUCAGAGAGAGGAAGUUCUAGCUUUUCUUUGGGACUGGA